GUCAUGACAAUUUCAUCCUUCAUGUAUAAUCAUGUAUGUGUGCAUAUUCAUACGGAAAGUAAUGAGGGCGUUAGAGUUUUUGCAAAAUCAGAUACUACGUCAGGCAGAGUAUUUGGUAGAGAAUAUCGUAUGAUUGUAAUGCUCUGUACGACUGUACCAUCUUGUAUUGUCGACAGCUUUGCUGGCUGACUUGACUCUCGAUCGGCCCUGUAUGCAACUUGCCAGGCGAAGACAAACAAUUAGGCAAGCCGAGUUGGUCAGUGGGCCGCCGGAGAGCCGGCCAGUGCAAUCAGGCCUUUCGUCAGUUUUCAAACCAUAGUGCCACUCAAGUUACAGAUACCGAUGCCGAUGCCGAUGCCAUGCGCCAGCUCGCGGUGCACAGCACAGGAAAUUUGCCGCGGGACCAGCAGGCCGCUGGUAAUUUGCCGCGAACGAAUUCCAGCGGGUUGGUGGCGAUCGCGCGAGUGAGAUCCAUGGACGGGCACCUGCCAUGCCAACGCAGCAGCGCCACCACUCCCCUGCACGCACGCACCAACUUACAUAAAUCCAUAGUACCACGCAUCUCUCGCCCUCCUCGUCGAUCGAUCCCACUCCCACCUUCCUCCUCCAGCCCUCCCCGUGUUCUUAAAUUUACCUCUCUCCGCUGAUCGUUUCUCUUCCCCUUCUUUGCUGUGAUCGAUCGAUCGGUGUGUCUGUACUCUGCCCGAACAGUAACAGUGCUCUGUCAUGGAGAAGGGCCGCCGCAGCCACGGCCACGGCAAGCGCCCGCCCCCGCUCGCCCCGCCGCGUCGGGAGCGCGCUGCCGCCGCGUCCUUCUCGGCCUCGCUCCUCGACACCAUCUACCGCUCUCUCGACGAGGGCAGCGACGCCGACGCCACGGCGGCGGAUGUCGCCGACACCCCGCGCCGGUCGGAGGAGAAUGCGCCGGCGCCCGCGCAGUUCUGGUGGGCCAAGGAGGCCGGCGGCAAGCCGAACAUGCGCCGGCUCGAAACGGGCCCGGCUCGCCGGCGGCACUCGGGGUACGCCUCGUCCACCGCCUCCUCGUCGGACUCCGCUUCCAGCAGCUACAGCUUCUCCUGCUCCUCCGCUUCGACCACCGACACCGAGUCCACGGCGCGCCGCCGACGCAGCCCGCCUCCUCCGCCACGGCGCCAGCCGGAGGAAGUCCGUGCCGACGCCGCGGAAGCCGAACCCCCGUCUCCGCCCAACAACAAAGCAAAGACGAAGAAAGGCAGGCCGUGUUUCCCUGGAGCAAGGCUUCGUCCCAGAGAUGCGUCCGGCCCGUCUUCUCCUGCUGGGGGCCCACUCCCGCCGCCGUCGCCGGGGUCGUUCGCGUGCGUCCUCCGGACCCUCUUCACCUCAGGCCGCCUCCCGAGGAAGCAGCCCAAGACUCCGAUCUCACGGGGCCCGCAAACCCCGCAGAGGACAUCGCCGGAGCCAGCUGAGACGCCGCGCGCAUCGGCGACGUCGUCGGAAAGGAGGUCCGUGAGGUUCUGCUCGGAUGCCGAGGCGUCGUCGGUGGUGCGGCGCAGGGUGGAGGAGCUGGUGCGGAGCCUCGGGGAGCUGGAGGAGAACGACGAGGGGAGCGACUCCAGCUCCGAUCUUUUCGAGCUGGAAAGCCUCGGCGGGGCCAACGGUGACGAGCUGCCCGUGUACGGGACGACGAGCCUCGUGGCCAACCGGGCUAUCGCGCACCAGGCGGUUUUCUAGCUGCCAAAGCAGAGUCUCAUUUCAAACAGUUCCCAAAAACAAAACAAAAGAUGUGUAAGAAUCCAUGAAAAAUUACCUGAAAAUAUUUCAUCUACUAUUUGUUUCCAUUUCUUCCGUUGCAUUGUGUUGUAUAUAAUGAAAUGUCGUCAACUUGAGCUACCUAUUCGUUAAAACUGGCAAAUUGUUGGUUUGGAGCUCAACUUGGCCACAUUCUAGGAAUCUUUUUGUUCAAAGCAGAGGCAAAAGUUUUGUAUCUUCUCAA